CACAGAAAUACUUAUGUGACUGUUUUUAAUUUAUUGUGAUAUUAACAGCUCAUUUUCUUUCAGACGGGCCUGUGGGGUAUUUCUUUUCUGACGUAGUCAACGUUCUGUGUGGGAAUUGUUUUUCUUCGAUUGGCAAAAAGGACGAACAUGAUUUCAAUAAUUCGUCGAACCCAAUGAAACAUGAUAUUCCCGAGGAAGAAAGAAAAGAGAAAAACAAGCCCGACAACCUUACGCCGAAUGAUGAUAGAGGAUGAGGUAUUAUCGCAGUGAAUGGUGGAACAAUGGCGACCCAUAAUCAAAGAGACAUUAACCUCAUCGCCAUUUCAAGAGCUCCAGCUAUUACCAUGCGACGCUCCAAUUACUUUACGUGCUUGCUCUUGUCUUGGAUGUUCCUUCCGUCUUGCUUGAGCAGAGACACCAUAGCAGGAGGCACAAUCACAUACCCAGGAGGAACCACUCUCGUGUCCGCGGGCAAGCGGUUCGAGCUUGGCUUCUUCUCUCCAAAUGGGACCUCUGACUCCAGGAGAUAUGUCGGAAUAUGGUAUUACGGGUCGGACCCUCCGAUCGUCGUCUGGGUCGCCAACCGGGACAACCCGAUUGUCCGUGGCAACGCAUCAUUCGACCUUGUGGAUGGCAACCUGAAGGUGUCAAACGAAGGACAAGCGAUCUGGUCGACCGACGCAUCAAGUUCUUCAACCCGAUUAGCAAAGCUUCUUGAUUCAGGGAAUCUGGUUCUGAUCGAAGGCCAGAAUAAAGUGUGGCAGAGCUUCCAUGACCCGACCGACACGUUCCUUCCAGGGAUGCUGAUGACUGAAAACUUCAUGUUGACUUCUUGGGCAAGCCAGGAUGACCCAAGACGGGGGAGCUUCACGUUCCAAAUGGAUCAACAAGGCGGCAACAACAACUACGACGUGAUCCAAAACCAAAACCUGUCUUCUUACUGGAAAAGUGGGGUCUACGGUAAGUUCAUACAAGCCGAUCAGAUGUUGGACGUCAUCUCUUUCUUGCUCUCCAAUUUUACAACCGGUCCCACUUUGCCGCCAGCCGGGACUAGUCCGGCUUCGGCCUACGAAAACAUAACCUGGCCUUCAUUCAACAAGUACAACAACAGCCGAUUGGUUAUGAACUACAACGGCCGGAUUCAGUAUUUCAGGCGAGGAAAUGGGUCAAAGCCAGUCUGGUUCGAGCCGGCAAGCCGGUGCAGUGUCUUCAGCGUAUGCGGCCAGUUUGGGGGCUGCAAUGACAAGAAUGGCAAUAAGACUAUGUGCAGGUGCUUGCCAGGGUUCGAGCCGGUGCAGCCAGAUAAUUGGAACUCGGGGGACUUCUCUGGGGGGUGCCUCAGGAAGUCGUCAAUAUGUGUGAAGAACAGUGACGAUGGUGCUCAUGAUUUCUUGAGUUUGAAGAUGAUGAAAGCCAGGACGCCGGACAUGCAGAUUCCAGUAGGCAGCCAGGAGCAAUGCAGGCAAAAGUGCCUUGGUGCCUGUAAAUGCCAGGCUUACUCAUUCGGGGAGGAUCUGCACCCAAGGGCAGAGACGGGCACCUUGACAUGCUAUACUUGGUUGGACGAUCUCAACAAUAUUCAGGAGUUUGCCACAAACGGUCGCGACCUCUAUGUCCGAGUUCCGAUAUCAGACAUAGAAUCUCCUAGGAGUUGUAAAACUUGCGGCACAAAUUUAGUCCCCUACCCUUUAAGCACUGGAUGGAGCUGUGGCGAUCCGUUAUACUCUGCAUUUAGCUGCGACAAUAAAACUGCCCAGCUUUAUUUUGAACCGGGCAAAGGUCCCUACAGAGUCACUAGCAUCACUCCAGAAACUAGAACAUUUACUAUCCAAGUCGAGGAUGCAUUCAACUGCACAGGUAGUGGUUUGAUGGAAAUUAAGCAGCAACUUAACGAGUCCUCGCCAUUUAGUGUGAGUGAUGGGUGCAUCGGAGGAAAGAAUGACUUCAGCACAGGAGACUCUUUUGGUGUCGAAGUGAAAAUUGAGUGGAGCACUCCGAAAGAGCCACUCUGCAAUUCGUCCAAAGACUGCAAUUGGCCACACGCAACUUGCAAUAAUGCAUUAGAUGGAACGACAAGGUGCCUAUGCAACUCCGGAUUCAGUUGGAAUUCUUUCAGCGUCAAUUGUUCUCUAGUAAAUAACGUUGAAGGAGGAGGAUCAUUGCAGAAAGGACAGAAAGCGAAACUUGUAUAUAUAGUUGCUCCUGCCGUUGCUGCAAUUUUCAUCCUUGUUUUCGGUGGCUUAUUUUACAUGAGAAGGCAGCAUGGUAGUACGCAAGGGAGCAGGGAAAGCACUCAGGAAAAUCUUGCCUUUCGUCUAUACGACAGUGAGAAGCAGAUCAAAAUGUGGAUGGAUUCAUGCCAAUUCGAGGAAGAAGAUAAGAAAGGCAUAGAUGUGCCAUUUUUUGACUUAGAAAUUAUUUUACAAGCGACGAAUAACUUCUCGGACGAGAACAAACUUGGAAGAGGUGGGUUCGGGCCUGUUUACAAGGCUACUUUUCCAGGAGGACAGGAAAUUGCAGUAAAGAGGCUAUCGAGUGGAUCAGGACAGGGCUUAGAGGAAUUUAAGAACGAAGUCGUCUUGAUUGCCAAACUACAGCAUCGAAAUCUCGUCAGAUUAGUAGGAUAUUGCGUCAAAGGGGAUGAAAAAAUGUUACUAUAUGAAUACAUGCCCAACAAAAGCUUAGAUUCUUUCAUAUUUGAUCGAACAAGGUGUUCGUUGCUGACCUGGGAGAUACGUUUUGAGAUUAUAUUGGGAAUUGCACGAGGAAUGCUCUAUCUUCACCAAGAUUCUAGGCUGCGAAUUAUUCAUAGAGAUCUCAAGACGAGCAACGUUUUGCUCGAUGAGGAGAUGAUUCCUAAAAUUUCUGACUUUGGUCUGGCACGUAUAUUUGAGGCAAAACAAAUUGAAGCAAGCACGCAAAGGGUGAUUGGAACAUAUGGAUACAUGUCUCCGGAGUAUGCUUUGGAUGGAUUUUUCUCAUUCAAGUCCGAUGUUUUUAGCUUUGGUGUCGUUGUAUUGGAGAUUGUUAGUGGAAAACGUAACACAGGCUUCUAUCAGUCCGAAGGAACAAUGAGCCUUCUUACUCAUGCAUGGAAAUUAUGGAAUGACAAUAAAGCAUUGGACUUGAUGGAUCAAGUGCUGCACGAAACUUACAACAGAGAUCAAGUUUUGAAGUGCAUAAACGUGGCGCUUCUAUGCGUGCAAGAAGACCCGAGUGAUCGUCCCACGAUGUCAAAUGCGGUUUUCAUGCUCGGUAGUGAAAGUGCGACUCUUCCGGUUCCCAAAAAACCGGCUUUUGCAGUUAGGAUAGGCGUUUCUACAACAGCUUCUUCUUCCAGCAAACCAGAGUCGAGCACGGUGUUAUCGACUACUCUGCAACAAGGACGGUAAUGUCGGAUCUUCCUCCAAUCUAUUCCACAUCUUAGUAGUCAAAAGCUUUAGCCAUCAGGCAUUUGUUUAACUAGGAAUGCCUCGAUUUUUACCCCAUGAUAUUCCUUUCUCCUCCGGCAAAAUAAAAUUUACUCUGUUGAUAGCUGAUGCUUCUCCUUGGCCUAAGACUGUACCAUACUAACAUAGCGAAUCGACUCCUUGAUCGCGUUAGGAGAUUCUUCUUGUCAGUUGUAGCACUGCUCCUUCUUAAGAAUAAGUUUCUUGUGCUCCAAUUGAGUUGUAAAAUCAAUUCCCUUUUGGGGCUGUAGUCUCCUAUCAAACCCGCAAUCCACACCAUUAUAGCAUGAUCCAAAA